CGUCCUUUGGGAAGGAUGGCUCGGAACAACCUGAAGGCGCAAAAGGAGUUGGUUUCUUCCCCGACCAGUUUUCCCCUGCUCCAUGGAGUCCGCAAAGGCAGGCGGCAGCUCCGAGGCCGGCAAGUUCUGCGUCUGGGGGGCUGCGGGCCGCCCCUGCGGGACCGGGGGGAACUGGGCAGGACAGGGCGGCCCGGCCCACGCCCCGGCUUCCCCCUGCAGCCCGAGGGCACCCGGAGCUCACGGCUGGCGCCGCCCCGCGCUUCCUGCCUCGCCGCGGAUCCUCCUCCGCGCCGUGACGCGCCAGGCUUUGACCAAAUAUGUCCCUUUCCCCUCCCUCGCCCGCCCCGCCGCCCGCAGGCGCCCCGAGCCGCGGGGCUGCCGCCUGGACGUCGUCCUGUUUGGGUGUUGCGGGCCAGCCCCGCGGGGAGCGCCCCCGGCGCGAUGCCCUUCAGGAAAGCCUGUGGGCCAAAGCUGACCAACUCCCCCACCGUCAUCGUCAUGGUGGGCCUCCCCGCCAGGGGCAAGACCUACAUCUCCAAGAAGCUGACUCGCUACCUCAACUGGAUUGGCGUCCCCACAAAAGUUUUCAACGUCGGGGAAUAUCGCCGGGAGGCUGUGAAGCAGUACAGCUCCUACAACUUCUUCCGCCCCGACAAUGAGGAAGCCAUGAAAGUCCGGAAGCAGUGUGCCUUAGCUGCCUUGAGAGAUGUCAAAAGCUACCUGGCGAAAGAAGGGGGACAAAUUGCGGUUUUCGAUGCCACCAAUACUACCAGAGAGAGGAGACACAUGAUCCUUCAUUUUGCCAAAGAAAAUGACUUUAAGGCAUUUUUCAUCGAGUCCGUGUGUGACGACCCUACAGUUGUGGCCUCCAAUAUCAUGGAAGUUAAAAUCUCCAGCCCGGAUUACAAAGACUGCAACUCCGCAGAAGCCAUGGACGACUUCAUGAAGAGGAUCAGUUGCUAUGAAGCCAGCUACCAGCCCCUAGACCCCGACAAAUGCGACAGGGACUUGUCGCUGAUCAAGGUGAUUGACGUGGGCCGGAGGUUCCUGGUGAACCGGGUGCAGGACCACAUCCAGAGCCGCAUCGUGUACUACCUGAUGAACAUCCACGUGCAGCCGCGCACCAUCUACCUGUGCCGGCAUGGCGAGAACGAGCACAACCUCCAGGGCCGCAUCGGGGGCGACUCGGGCCUGUCCAGCCGGGGCAAGAAGUUUGCCAGUGCCCUGAGCAAGUUCGUGGAGGAGCAGAACCUGAAGGACCUGCGCGUGUGGACCAGCCAGCUGAAGAGCACCAUCCAGACGGCCGAGGCGCUGCGGCUGCCGUAUGAGCAGUGGAAGGCGCUCAAUGAGAUCGACGCGGGCGUCUGUGAGGAGCUGACCUACGAGGAGAUCAGGGACACCUACCCUGAGGAGUACGCGCUGCGGGAGCAGGACAAGUACUACUACCGCUACCCCACCGGGGAGUCCUACCAGGACCUGGUCCAGCGCCUGGAGCCGGUGAUCAUGGAGCUGGAGCGGCAGGAGAACGUGCUGGUCAUCUGCCACCAGGCCGUCCUGCGCUGCCUGCUGGCCUACUUCCUGGAUAAGAGCGCAGAGGAGAUGCCCUACCUGAAAUGCCCUCUUCACACUGUCCUGAAACUGACGCCUGUCGCUUAUGGCUGCCGUGUGGAAUCCAUCUACCUGAAUGUGGAGUCCGUCAGCACGCACCGGGAGAGGUCAGAGGAUGCAAAGAAGGGACCUAACCCGCUCAUGAGACGCAAUAGUGUCACCCCGCUAGCCAGCCCCGAGCCCACCAAAAAGCCUCGCAUCAACAGCUUUGAGGAGCAUGUGGCCUCCACCUCGGCCGCCCUGCCCAGCUGCCUGCCCCCGGAGGUGCCCACGCAGCUGCCCGGACAACCUUUGCUAGGGCAAGCCUGUCUACGAACUGUCUGUCACAUUUUCUCAAAGUUUUCUCCUUACUAACCGUGGAAGAACAUGAAAGGCUCCCGGAGCAGCGCCGACUCCUCCAGGAAACACUGAAGCAGACGUGUUGGUUCCAUUCCGUUUCCAUUUCUGCAGCUUAGCUUGUGUCCUGCCCUCUGCCCGAGGCGCGACGUAUCCUGAGGACUUCUUCUGGAGAGGGUGGGAUGGAGCAGCGGGGGAGCCUUGGCCGAAGAGAACCAUGCUUGGCACCCUGUGUCCCCUCAGCCACUGGACACCGGAAAGCCAUGUGGGUCCCUGGCACCCUGCCUUUAGCCGCGGGGCCCCAACCUCCACUCUCUGGGUUUCCUAGGAGUGUCCAGCUUCGGAGACCUACAAGGCCUGGGGAGAGUGAUGAGUGCUGGUCCUGACAAGAGGCCGCUGGGGACACUGUGCCAUUAUUUUGUUUCUGUGAUCUCCUGGCACAUUUGGAGCUGGGAAGACCACACUGGUGGCAGAAUCCUAAAAUUAAAGGAGGCAAGCUCCUAGUGGCUGAAGGUCAAGGAAUGGGUAAAAACUUCCACGUGGCUGUUUGAUGCAUCUUGACCUGGGAAGACGCCUCAUGGGAAUGGACUUGGAUAGGUGUUGGGUUGGGGCGUCUUCUGCAAGAAGUCCCUGAGCCGAUAUGCAAGUUGGCUGGGUGGCCCACACUUUGGCUGUCCCGCGGGUCCGCACACCUUCCAGGCCUGCGUUCUGCCUCCAAAGAUGUUCAAGGGCAGGCUGGCUGCCCGGGGAGAGGGGAAUAUUUUGCUGAAAUAUGAGAACUGGGCCCUCCAGGGCCCCUCUCUCCUCCAACCUGGACUUGGGGGGAGCUGAGACACACUUUCCUGGAGCUGCUGGCUUUUGCACUUUUUUGAUGGCGGAAGUGUGACCUGAGCGUCACACCUUCUCUUCAGGAACGUAGAUGUUGGGGUGUGUUGCCCUGGGGGGGCUUGGAGCCUCUGAAGGUGAGGAGCGGAACACCUGGCGUCCUUCCCCAGCACUUGCAUUACUGUCCCUGCUCUUCCCAGGUGGGGACAGUGGCCCGAGCAAGGCCUCACUCCCAGCUGCUGCUUCCAGAGCUGCCUGCACACUGUCUUGGAGCGUCUGCCUUGUGCCUGGCACUCUGCCAGUGCCUUGGGGAAGUCGGAAGAGUGGACUUUGUCCUGGCCUUCCCUUCAUGGCAUCUGUGACAUUUCUGUGGUGAUGGAAAGCAUGGGACCUGUCGUCUCAGCCUGUUGGUUUCUUGUCAUUGCCUCAAACCCUGGGGUAGGUGGGGCGGGGGGGGUCUCGUGCCCAGAUGAAACCAUUUGGAAACUCGGCAGGCAGCAGAGUUUGUCCAAAUGACCCUUUUCAGGACGUCUCAAAGCUGGUGCCAAAGGUCACUUUUCUUUCCUGCCUUCUGCUGUGAGCCCCGAGAUCCUCCUCCCAGCUCAAGGGACAGGUCCUGGGUGAGGGCGGGGGAUUUAGACAGCUGAAACUGGGCGUGGAAAGAAGAGCCGUUGCUCUUUGUUUUUCAAGAAGAGCUGUUGCUGUUUGUUUUUCGAGAAGAGUUUUUAAAGAACGCAUGUUUUUUUCCCGGUUGGAAUUGAGUAGGAACUGAGGCUGUGCUUCAGAUAUCGUACAAUCAAGUGGGGGAUUUUCACGCUGAACCAUUCAAGCCCUCCCUGCCCAUCACACCCGCUUUGGCUGGCAUCUGCUGGAGAGGAUGCCGCUGUCUGCAUUCCCGUGCAACUCCAGACUCACACAGUUUUCUCUCUCUCCCUGGAUGUUGAGUCUCAUCAGAGUGUGUGGGUAGGGGGUGGGCGUGCAUGGGUGCAUGAUUGUGCUUCACUUGGUUGUAUUUUUCGAUUUGACAUGAAAGGCCUGUUGCUUUGCUCUCGAGAAUAGUUUCUCGUGUCCCCUUCGCAGGCCUCAUUCUUUGAACAUCAACUCUGAAGUUCGAUACAGAUAGGGGCUUGAUAAAGCUGUGUUCCCCUCUCCCUUCUGACUAGCUAAAAUCAAUACCUAAAUAUAGAAGCCUUGGCCUAACACGGGCCUUUAGUCUGGGAAGGGCCUAGAUGGGAAGAGAGGGAACAUGAAUCUGGACAGGGAGGGAGAUUCUACAGAAAGGAGAACACUGCCCACUUUGCAAGCCAGUGACCUGCCUUUUGAGGGGACGUUGGACGGGGCAGGGGUGGGUUUGAGCUACAGUCAUGAAUUUUGGCGUCUACCGAUUCUUACCAACUCCCCACCCCACAAAAAAAAUAACGGGGACCAAUAUUUUUAACUUUGUCUAUUUGUUUUUGGGUGAGUUUCCCCCUCUCCUUAUUCUGUCCUGAGACCAUGGGCAAAGCUCUUCGUUUUGGGAGAGAAGAAAAACUGUUUGGAACCACACCAAUGAUAUUUUCGUUUGUAAUACUUGAAAUUUAUUUUUGUAUUAUUUUGAUAGCAGAUGUGCUAUUUAUUUAUUUAAUAUGUAUAAGGAGCCUAAACAAUAGAAAGCCGUAGAGAUUGGGUUUUGUUGUUAAUUGGUUUGGGAGCCUUCUAUGUGUGACUUAUGACUUCUCUGUGUUCUAUGUAUCUGUCUGAAUUAAUGACCUGGGAUAUAAAGCUAUGCUAGCUUUCCAACAGGAGAUGCCUUUCAGAAAUUUGUAUAUUUUGCAGUUGCCAGACCAAUAAAAUACUUGGUUGAAAUACA